AAUCAAUAAGAGAUAAUUCACAUUUCUAUGGGCUGUUUAAGAAAUCGUUAAAGAUGGAGACUACCGAGAGAGCUGCCAGAAAAUCUUUCAUUGUGAUGAUUAACAUGAUUGCAUGGAUGAUUUUAAUAACAGCUACUGGAUUAGGAACAAUCCAUUUUCAUGAGUGCCCUGUUCAACCAAAGCUCCCCCUCUACAUGGCCGUGAUCGGGGCGACUGGUCUGUUUGCACUGUUGCUCGUGUACCUGAGGAACACUUUGGAUGACUGUCCGCUGGCUCGCUUCUGCGCUGCCUUCAGCUUGAUGCUCUGUUUAUUCAUUGUGUGCUGGUUUAUUGCUGGUACCUACUGGAUUUACUCCAUAUAUCCUCCCAACAAUGACUCCACUAGGACUGGAAACCACUGUCAUAGAACCCUGUAUCUGUUUGCAUUUUGGUUCAACAAUAUAUGCUUUCUCUGUGUGUCCAUACUGUUUGUCUUUUGUUUGUACACCAUUUUGUACAACUACACUAAUGUUGUCUGCACUGAUAGAACGGCAUGUUAAAAUUUAGAUACAGGCCUGUAUAGGUUAUUAAUAUAUCUUAAUCAUUUGUUACAAGAUUUUCUUAUAGUGGUUGUUUUAUUAAUAUACGUUUUUAUUUAAUAAUUAAACAUUGCUUGAGUGUUGCAAAUUAAAGCGACAGUUCACCCAUAAAUUUUAAUUCAGUUCUCAUUUACUCAUCCUCAAACCUGCAAGACUUUCGUCCAUUUUCAGAACACAAAUACAGAUCUUUUUGAUGAAUUUAGAGAGAUUUCUGUCCCUUCAUUGACAUCCACAACUGACACUUUGACACUUCAAAAAAGUUCACAAAGAGAUCAUAAAACUAAUCCAUAUGAGUUGAGCAGUUUAGUCUGAAGAGACAUGAUUGCUUAUGAUAAAUCUAUGAAGAGAUUUAAUUUAGGCUUUUAUUCACGUAUAAACAUUGAUCAGCGAACAUAAACAAGCUGAACCUCUUGCUGAAGCUCAGACGUGAUGCGUAACACAAGAAUGAAUCUCAUUGGUUCUCGCAUGUGAACCGAACAUGCUUUAGCUUCCGUUUAUGAGUUGAUGAAUGUUUAUAUGUUAAUAAAAGCCUUUAAUUCAAUCUGUUUCAUAUAAAACAAUCGUUUUGGAACGACAUGAGGAUGAGUAAUUAAUGACAGAAUUUUCGUUUUUGGGUGAACUAUCCCUUUAAGCAAUCAAGGCACAGACUUUUAUACAUCUAUGGUACCCAUGUCUUGCUCUGCUUCCGUUUCUCUUUUUUUUUUAGCAUUUUAACUUCGUUACAUUCUUUUUACAUGAAAGUAUAGACACUUAAAAUGUAACUAUCAAAAUACACAAAUUAAAAACAAUAAAAGUCAUCAAUUAUAUAUAUUAACCCUACUGUAAGUAGAAUAGACAUGUACAUGUAGUAGCAAAGUUACUCGCGUCUGUUGGGGGAGCAAAAAAAAAAUAAAUAAAGAAUGUAAAGUCAAGUGGACCAUAGAAAUAAAGUGUUACCUGAUUGAAUAAUUCAUGGGAGGGUUGUUAGCAAGGAGGUCUUUGAUAGGUUGUUAGAGUUGUCUGCCCCGCCCACAACACGUGCAUCAUCAACAUCAGUUGUCCUGUCACAGCACCCGUCCCAGAAAUAUCAUUAUUCUUGGCAAGUCAACAACAAUUGUUCACAAAACCUCUUUAUAUAUUUUUUUAAACAAAAAAAAAAACGCGCUGUCAAUUAUACUCAAGUCCAGCGAGACGGUUGUUAUGGCUGUUGCGGAACUAGUGGCUAAAUGCUUGCAAGCAAGGGAAAUGGCUUACUGUCCGUACAGUGGGUUUCCAGUCGGCGCUGCCAUUUUGACGACAGGGGGCGCCAUUAUCACAGGCUGUAAUGUCGAGAAUGCCUCCUAUGGCCUGACCGUGUGUGCGGAGAGAACUGCGAUACAGAGAGCGGUCGCUGAAGGAUACCGAAGAUUUACAGCCAUAGCUGUCACAUGUGAUAUCAAAGAUAGUUUUGUAGGACCAUGUGGUGCAUGUCGACAGGUAUUAAUGGAGUUUGGUACUGAAUGGGACGUUUACCUCACUAAGCCAGACGGGACCUAUAAGAAGACCAGUCUAAGAGAGCUCUUGCCUUUGGCAUUCACCCCGGCUCACCUGCAAAAAACCUGAACGCACUGUCCUAAAACUUUUUAAAUUCGUAAACUAUUUCCUUUUUGAUCUAAAUUUAGGAGCUGUGGAUAAUUAAAAUGUGAAUGUACUAUC